GCAACUUUCAGUCUAAAUAUAGGGCGGAUGACCGUGCGUUCUAUUGGGGGGAAGAAAGUAGUAGCUAAUAGCACAAGUAGCAAUGGAAGGAGCAGGAGUAAUAGUAGGAGGUGAAGGAGGAGAGGAGGAGAGGAGGAGAGGAGGAGAGGAGGCGGAGAGGCAGAGAGGCGCAGGAGAGGAGGAGAGGAGGAGAGGAGAGGAGAAGAGAGGAGGAGAGGAGGAGAAGAGAGGAGGAGAGGAGGAGAAGAGAGGAGGAGAAGAGAGGAGAAGAGAGGAGGAGAAGAGAGGAGGAGAAGAGAGGAGGAGAGGAGGAGAGGAGGAGAGGAGAAGAAGAGAGGAGGAGAGGAGGAAAGGAGGAGAGGAGGAGGAGCAGAAGAGAGGAGGAGAGGAGAAGAGAGGAGAAGAGGAGGAGAGGAGGAGCGGAGGAGGAGAAGGGAAGGAGGAGAAGGAGAGCAGGAGAGGAGGAGAGGAGAGGAGGAAAAGAGGGAAGGAGGAGAGGAGGAAAAGAGGAGAGGAGGAGAGGAGGAAAAGAGGAGAGGAGGAGAGGAGAGGAGAAGAGAGGAGGAGAGGAGGAGAGAAGGAGAGGAGGAGCGGAGGAGAAGGGGAGGAGGAGAAGGGGAGGAGGAGAGGAGAGAGAGGAGGAGAGGAGAAGAAUUGGAGGAGAGGAAAAGAAGAGAGGAGGAGAGGAGUGGAGAAGAGGAGGAGAAGAGGAGGAGGAAAAGAGGAGAGGAGGAGAGGAGGAGAGGAGGAGAGGAGGAGAGGAGGCGAGGAGGAAAAGAGGAAAAGAGGAGAGGAGGAAAAGAGGAAAAUAGGAGAGGAGGAAAAGAGGAGAGGAGGAGAGGAGGAAAAGAGGAAAAUAGGAGAGGAGGAAAAGAGGAGAGGAGGAGAGGAGGAAAAGAGGAGAGGAGGAAAAGAGGACAGGAGGAGGAGAAGAGAGGAGAGGAGAAGAAAUGGAGAAGAGGAGGAGAAGUGGUGGGUAGGAGAGGAGAGGAGAGGAGGAGAAGAGGAAAAGAGGAGGAAAGAGGAGAGGAGGAAAAGAGGAGAGGAGGAGAAAUGGAGGAGAGGAGAAGAAUUGAAGGAGAGGAGGAGAAGUGGAGGACGAGGAGGAGAACGAGACGGAGGAGGCGGGGAGAGCGAGGACAGUCGAGCUGAUGAGACCUUGCUUGAAGAGGAACACGAGGAGGAGGAAGAUAAGGAGGAGGAGGAGGAGGAGGAGGAGGAGAAGGAGAAGGAGAAAGAGGAGGAGGAGGAGGAGGAGGAGGAGGAGGAGACGGAAGGGGGAGAUGGCUUCAAAAGAAAAGGUGGAGGGGGAUAUGGGAGAUGUGACAUGAGAGGAAUGCUUGCAGAUCACUGUCUACGAAGUUGUAAGCGCUACUGAUGCUCCUUGCUCCUGCUGCUGCUUGCCCCCUACCUGCCUCACCUAUCUAUGCCCUUCUCCUGCCAUUCCCGUUC